ACUACAACAACUACAACAACUCCAACAACUCCAACCCCUACAACAACAACAGUUGGGGCAACAACAUCAACGGAAGCUGCCCCAAUAGCAACAAAGACAACCAUAAUAAAAAAUGACUUGGGUGGAAGUGAGGCCCCGUUGGGAGCUGGCGAAGCCAACCGAACGUUGUUGAACAUUUUCAAGGAUGUGCCAGAGGAGGAGGAGGAGGAGCGGCAGACGGCCGCAGUGGGUGGUUCAACCUCAACGGCCACGCCCACCACAACAGCCACCACCAGCACGACAACAACACAGGCAACAACAAUCACCGCAAGAACUGCACAAAAUGGACCAACGACACCAACACCAACGGGCACAGCAACAGCAACAACAGCGGAAAAUGCGGCAGCCUCGGGGCGCGGCAGCAUGCUAAUGACAACAGCAAUGCCCCCAGCGGACUUGGUGGAGAUGAGCGGGCUUAAGGAUGCACUGCAUCGCAUUAAAUUAAGCGAGAUUCCCACCACGGAACAGGCAGAGCCAGCAUCGGAGAUGAAGGAGCAGUCAAAGGCAGCAACAGAAGAGCUGACUGUAGCGAGGGUAGAGCUAAGGGAGCAGUCACCUGUGGGAGAAGAAGCGCCCGAUGCAGAUGAGGAGGACAGCGCCACCGAAUCUCCACUGCAAAUACAAAUGCAGGCAGCUGCCUCCUACCAAGUGGCCGAAACUCUGGCAGAUCUGAACGAGGAGGAGCGUGCACGCUACGAUGCCAUGUUGGCCCACCAGCCCACGGCCAGUAAACUGAACAUUGUGGAUCUGUAUCCAAUGAAAAUCGAAGACUUUCAGCCCAUUAUUCAGAACGAUAACGAGGAACUGCUGAGGCAGCGCACCAUCUUUACACAACCCGAGAACAAUGACGAGUACCGACAGAAUCUGAUGCCCAAUGAGGUGGAGAUGGUAAUUAACAGAGGCGAAGAACCAGUGCCGGAUAAACUGCGAGUCAAUCAGGCUAUUGGUGGUGCCACCACCACACCUAUAGCCAGUCAGGGAACCACAGCAGAUUUCACAGGCAAACUGCUGGCCGAUCAAGAUGAUCUCAUCACCGAAAUUGAAAGCAGGUUUCAGCUGCAAGAGACGACAACUGUAACCACAACCACAGCAGAACCGAAGGCAGCCACAACCACAGCGCGACCAGCAGCUUCACUACUCCGACCCGGCGACUCCUUCAUCGAUCGUCGGGUGAAGAAGAGCUUUGAGUUUCCCAUGCAGCAUCGUGCCAGCGAUGUGAUGGCCAUGCCCCACAUAGACUUUGCCAACACAAAGUUCCAAACGGACUCGCUAGACUCCGGCGAUGCCAAGGCGGCGGUGGGCUCCGAAAUGCACAUGGCCUCGCAUCCGGAAUUCUCCACCACAAAGUUUUACAACAGCAAGGAGCUGUACAACGAAAUGCUGCUGCAUAAUAAGCGCAAGUUAAUGAAGGAAAUCAAGUCCAUGACUAUGCCCGCCUCGGGUGCAGCUGAGAGCAGCCCGGUGGUAAAGUCAGUGAAGGAGGACGAGGACACAACUCAGUUGCCAUUGAGCGUGACUCUGGUCGCAGACGGGCAAACUUUUUCCCCAACAACAACAGCAGCAGCGGCAGCAUCAACAAUAUCUACUACAAUCCCAGCCACAACUCCAGCAGCAGCUGACACAACAAAAGCAACAUCUACAGUGGAAAACUCUGGGAAAUAUCAGAAACAGCUUAAGCGUGCCAAAUUAUUGCUCAAGGCCCUGACACCACCCAAACCUGAAAAGCUGGCAGUUGUCUCAUCACCCAUGAAAGUCGCCACCGAACCAUCGCCAACGCCAUCGCCAACGCCAUCUCCAUCAACGACUACAUUGGCAACUCCAGCGCCAAUGAUGGCCACGUCCAGGACGCGUACACAGCGACCAGUUAAUCCGGCUAAGACGGCCUCAAAGCCAAUUGCCCGGCCGCGCAUUUUAAGUCGCCUGCAGGAGAAAAUCAAUUCGCUCGAAUGCGAGAUACAGAAUGUGCCGCAGGAUUCGCAUUUGUGGCGUGGCAAUGAAACCCACGAAUUGCUGCUGCCCAUUGUGACCACGGAGCACUGUAAGCCGGACGAGCAUUGCAUACCAAAUGUUCUCACCUGGCGGGGCGAAUCGGAGAUCCAGUCCGGCGAUAUUCUAAUUGUGGAAAUCAAUGAUGCCAUGCUGAAUCCCUCACACCAGCCGAACAAUACCAGCAGCGCGGUACAUGCCACACAGGUCUAUCAGGUAACACGCUCCGGCCACGAGCAUUGCGAUGUAACCGAAGGCGUCCUCUUGGAUAUUACACCGCUGGUGGUCGAUGGCAGGAAACUGGUUACGUUGUAUGAUAAGGAUCUCACCGAGGGAGUUAACUUGUUAAUUGUGGUGUCCGAGCUGUGGGGAGCGCAAUGUGUUCGCCUGAAGGUGACCACGAAAACCGACAAUUGUGGCGAGAAUGCCGAUUGUUCGGGCAAGGGAGUGUGCUACUCGAAUGCCGGCAUGGAGGAGUACGAGUGUCAGUGUUGCAGCGGUUUUGCGGGCCCGCACUGCGAGGAGAUCGAUGCGUGUAAUCCCAGUCCGUGUACCAACAAUGGCAUCUGUGUUGACCUGUCGCAGGGUCAUGAGGGUAACUCCUAUCAGUGCCUGUGUCCAUACGGAUAUGCGGGCAAGAACUGUCAAUACGAGUCGGAUCCCUGCAAUCCCGCCGACUGCAUGAAUGGCGGCAGCUGUGUUGGUAAUUCCACGCAUUUUCGCUGCGAUUGUACGCCCGGCUUCACAGGUCCUCUGUGCCAGCACAGCCUGAACGAGUGCGAGUCGUCGCCCUGUGUGCACGGCAUCUGUGUGGAUCAGGAGGAUGGCUUCCGCUGCUUCUGUCAGCCAGGAUUCGCCGGGGAGCUGUGCAACUUCGAGUAUAAUGAAUGCGAAUCGAAUCCGUGUCAGAAUGGCGGCGAAUGCAUCGAUCACAUUGGCAGCUACGAGUGUCACUGCACGAAGGGCUACACCGGCAACCGUUGCCAAAUAAAGGUUGAUUUCUGCGCCAACAAGCCUUGCCCCGAAGGACAUCGCUGCAUGGAUCAUGGAAAUGAUUUCAGCUGCGAAUGCCCAGGAGGUCGCAACGGACCGGAUUGUAAUCAAAUGCCACGAACGUACUUCCAGCAAUGCCAAGUGAAUCCCUGCACCCAUGGCGGCACUUGUUGGUCCAGCGGUGAAAGUUUCUACUGCGCCUGUCGUCCCGGCUACACCGGAACCAUGUGCGAAGAUGAGUUUGUGGUCGAGACUGUCGUUAGCUCCAGUGAAUUUAUUGUCGACGAUGCGAACGCUAGAAAUUUUAAUGACAAAACUUUCGGUUCAUCGGUUGUGCUUAAGAGUCCCAUUGAAUUGCAUAAUGCAUAUUUUGCGGCCGGAGUUCUGGCAGCCGCCAUUUUCAUCGUUGCCGUUGUGGUCACCAUUUGUCACUGCAAGGUCAACCAGACGUAUCGAAAAUUCUCCACACGUUCCACCUCGUUUAUACCCAUUUUGGGCUUCAGUCGGCGACCCAAAAUGCAGGGCAAACUCAAUAAGCAUUGGCUGAGUGGCAAGGGUUUGAAUGGUCCCGGCCAGCCCGGCACCAGCAGCAGCAGCAGCAGUGGCGGUGGCGGUGGCGCUGCAGCAGGACCAUCCGGCGGUGGAGCGCAGCGGGGAUCCUUGACGGGAGCGACGACGCACUCAAUGCGCCACUUGCCCAGCCACCCACAGACACAGAACACGCUGGGCGGCGGUGGUGGCAACAACUGUGCUGGUGGUGGACAGCUGCAGGAGCGACCUUUCCAGCGGCACCUGGCCAUGAACCUCGAGAACGACAUGUACUACACCGUGGAGAACUCGCAGCACUCGCCGUUGAUUCAGUGAGAAUUGGAUGGGAACGGUGGAUGGUUAGUAAAAUUUACGCCACACACUGAUCGGAGCCACACGGAUUGAGUGGUUAUUUGUGGGUGAGGCGGUGAGGCGGUGGGGUGGUGGGGCCGCUUGCCUUGGGUAGAAGUGUGUAAUUAACUUUGAUGCUACUCGUUGAAUAUUCCAAAUAUUGAACAGCAUUCGAUAAUAAUAAACUAAAUUAAAAUUAAACCAAUGCCCGAAACUGAACUAAACGGAAAUGGGCAGAGGAGUGUCGGGAGGGUGGCGGCAUAAUUGACUUUAUGAUUAUGAUUCCAACUAAUGCAAACACAAAUAUCUAUGAUUAAUACUACAUGUAUCCUUCUGGCAUAAAUAGGCUUAGCAAACUUGUUAAUCAAAGUUUAUUUUGGCCCAAAACAAACACACACACACACACAGAGACACGGAUCUACAGACUCUCUAAAAUGAUACUGUUUGAUUAUGAAACAAAAACCGCUGGGGAAAUGGCAAAAGCAAAGGCAAAGGCAGGAACUGGAGGUUCCUGCAGAUAAUCUUGAGUUAUGUAAAUGUUUAAUAUACCUGCAUUAAUCCUGCACCAUUUGUGUUGCCAUCUGCAUUAGCUUAUUGUAUGUAUGAAUUUUGCACAUUUAUUUGCGGACAUGCCAGACAUGUUUCAACUUCAAUUUACUCGCAUGUCGAGCUGCUCAUGUGGAAUAAUUUUAUGGCUAGCAGAUGCUGCUGGAGAGCCAGAAUAUGGAAUGCUCUUAGCUAAUUGUUGCCAUGAAAUUCUGUGGAAAUUUGUAAUGCAAGUUCAAAUUUAGGAAUGGACUUAAAGCAACGGCAAACUCUUGGCAGAAAAUGCUGUUUUUUGUUUUUAAAUAUGAGCAGAAUAUUUUCCAGGGAUAGGCUGUACGUUGGUUAUUCUCUAACUCUGAAUCAAAAGAGUACUGUAAUUAUUUUCUAAAAUAUUUCCAACAAAUGUUAAAAGUAACUAAUGAAAAACAGUUAUACUCAGCAAUUGGAAAUUCAGAUAUUAUUUGAUGGCAUCUGCAAUGACCAUUUCUGGCUUUAUUUUCACCGCAUUUUCAUUUGGAAAUGUUUGCAAUUAGUUAAAUAAUAAUCAUAGCGAAUACAAAAGCGGCAACAAUAACAGCAACCUGGAGGACAUUCUACUGGGAGCCGCAUUGGGGAAGGAUGUGAUGGUCCACCAAACGAUAAUAAUAAUAGUGCUGCAGAAAUCAAUUUCCUCUUGAAUGUGUCCCAAAUAUUGGAAUUAUAUCAACUAAUUUUAGGAAAGUAUGUUUAGUUUAGUUUUAAUUAAUUUUGCCAUGCGAACAAAUUUUAUUUAACGAUGGAUGGCGGCAGUAGGUGGUGGGGGGACAGGAAGUGCAGUGCAGUGCAGCUAUAGGUAUAGGUGAGUGUUAUAAAUUGAAUUUAGUCGGUGCAGAUAUCAGAGAUUAUUGCUGGCUAACUGAAUUUGGUUUUUGGGUAUUUGCUUUUGCAUUUGCAUUGGCAUUGGCAUAUGAAUUAGCACUCAAAUGUUGUUAGUGAAAAUUAAUUAGCAUAAAUUAAAAAUGUUUGCCACAAAAGUUAAUAUGUUUUAUGUGCAUAAAUAAUAUAUGUUUCGAAGUCAUUUCCAUAAAUGAGAUUGUGUAUCUAUGGGCUGGGUGUGCGUGUGUUUGUGUUUAUGCCACAUUUAGCAUAUGGAUAUUAAUGCUAAUCAAUUGGCAAAGAGAAUGGCACAAAGUUGCACUCAAUAAUUGAUUAAAAUCAAACAGGCAAAAAAAAAAAUACAACAGCAACAAAAAUAUUUAAAUAAAUAAGUGAAAUAAAUUUAAAUGGAAUUUCCAUUGCGAUCCAACAUUUUUUGCAUCAAUAAUAUUUGUGCAAUAUUUGGAAUGCUGUGGAAAAUGAGUUUGUAAUUAAAAUGCUAUAUUAAGUAAUUAAUGACGAUAAAAUGAGGCAAAACCAAACGAAAAUAAAAAGAAAAAAAAAUACCAAUAUGAAAUACAAAUAAAAUACAAUUAAUUAAAAGCCUUAGCCUAAGGAGACAGACACUCACAAAAGCAAAAAUGAAAUGAAAAUUAUAUAAAUAUAAUUGCUACAUUUUUAAAGAGAAAAUUAUGGCAAAACACUUGGCGUUUUGGGGCAAUUACAAUUUAAUUUUUAAGCAAAUCAGCAAAAUAAAUGUGGAAAAUCCAGCGAGAUAGCAAAA